AUGGAAGCGCCGCCAUUGAAUAUUAACGUACCGCCACCACCUUUCCUUUAUCAUCGACCACCAGAACCCACUCGACCUCUACCUCCGCCGCCUCCACCCCCUCCUCCCCCUAUGCAGAUGCAGGAACCUGCGGCUGUCAACAACUUGCAACAAACGUUGUCUGCCCUCCUGGGUACGCUCAGUACGGCUGUCCAGUCGCUCUCGCCUAACUCUAGUGUACCUCCCCUGACUCAACAACAAACGGCGGCUGGGGCUUUGCUCGGGCUCCUCCUCCAAAUGGUUCAACAGCCCAACAACUCUCCAUUACAGCAGCAACCGUCGCCGCUGGCUCCGUUGAGCCUGGCAACCCUGAAUCACGACACGAACGCAUCGUACAGCAAUCUCGGCGGGCUGUUGACGACAGCGCCGCCCGGUGGCCCUUAUGCGAACUACCUCCCACCUCCUUCACUCAAUCACAGCCCAUCAUCGUCUUCUUGUCAAUCGUCGCUAUCGUCGACGUCUUCUUUGGGCGCUUCCACGAAUGUCGGUACGUGGAAUCAUAUUCUAGGGCAAGUUCGUUCUCUAGGAAGUGGUGGUCCGAGUUCGUUGGGUUCGGCCGGUUCCAGGGGCUCUUCACCCACUUCGUCUUCGAGUCCGAGCACAAGCCCAGCUCGUGGAACGGCUAUUUGCGUGGGCAACAAUAACAACAAUUUCGCGACGCCCAUUCAACAACAGGGCACUAAAAGGAAAUAUAAUAAUCACGUUUUACCGUCGCCAGAGCCUUCUCCGGAAGCCGGGUAUAUCGGCCAACAUUCGCAAGGCCUCGGCGGACACUAUGCUGACUCUUAUUUCAAAAGAAAGAAGCGCAACUAA